UCGAUUCACAGGUUUCAUAGUUGAUCGUCAAAAAGUUCUCUCGAGUAGUUUUCUCACCUGAGCUGACAUCAUGGCUGUACGGCGAGCUCUGCAUUUCGUUUUUAAAGUGGGGGACAGAGGCAAAACAGCCACUUUCUACCGUGAUGUGCUUGGCAUGAAGAUUCUCCGUCAUGAGGAGUUUGAGGAGGGCUGCAAGGCAACGUGUAAUGGCCCUUACGAUGGGAAAUGGAGCAAGACCAUGGUCGGUUUUGGUGCAGAAGAAGAUCAUUUUGUGGCUGAGCUGACCUACAAUUAUGGAGUUGGAGAAUAUCGACUAGGCAAUGAUUUCCUGGGGCUCACACUGCAGUCUAGCCAGGCUGUCAGCAACGCCAAGCGCCUCGGUUGGCCCCUGUCUGAGGUAGGAGAGGCUCUUUAUCUGGCAGAGGCUCCGGGGGGAUACCGCUUCUACCUGGUAGACAAAGAACAGCCUCCCAAUGACCCGGUGCAGAAGGUGUGCCUGGCAGUGUCUGACCUGGAGCGAUCCACUCACUACUGGUCUUCCCUUCUGGGAAUGCAGGUGAUGGAGAGGAAUGAGGAGAAAAAAACGGUGCUUUUGGGAUUUGGAGACAGUCAGUGCAAGCUGGAGCUCCAUGAUAUUGGCGGUAAAGUUGAUCAUGGAACAGCUUUCGGGCGGAUUGCAUUUUCAUGUCCUCGGAAGCAGUUAACUGACAUCGAGGCCCUCAUGAAAAAAGAGAACCAGAAAAUCCUCACUCCGUUGGUCAGCCUUGAUACCCCUGGGAAGGCAACAGUAGAAGUGGUCAUUUUAGCCGACCUAGAUGACCAUGAGAUAUGUUUUGUUGGAGAUGAAGCAUUCAGACAACUCUCAAUGAUAGACCCCAAUGGAAAUGCUUUGCUAGAUAAGGCAAUGGCUGAAGACAAAAGUGAUGAAUGGUUUGCCAAACACAACAAGCAGAAAGCCUCUGCAUAAAUCCUGUGAAAUAACUGUCAAGGCUCUACAUAAAAUAAACUUGAAUGUAUUUUA